CUGGGGAGAGCAUCCUUGGUGCUUUGGAGCUGUUAGUGCAAUAACCAUCAGUCCUCUUCUGCACCAUUCAAAGUAAGUAAGCUGUUGUGAGAGCAGAAAGUGUGUCCUCUCAUUAAGUCACAGCAUGGGAACAGGAGGCCACUCCAAAGACUAAUUGUCCAGCAGCCUUGAAAGGGGAUGCCAGAAGCAAAAAAAAAUCUUCAAAGUUAAAAAAAGGGUUUCUUUGUCAUAUUUCUAGAAGACAAAGAUCAGUGUCAAUUCCCUUUAAUGCUCUGCAGUACCUCUCUAAUUAAAAGAAGUUGGAUCAAUCUCAAUGGACAAACAAAAAAUAGCUUGAAUGAAAUGGGGAAGAAAAGGGAACAAAGGAUGGGAAAUGUUCUUACAAAAAAAAAAAUCUCAAACAAAAAAAAAUCCGAAUGAGAAAGAUCAAUGGUAGUUAAGGAGAAGAAGUAACGUUCCAGGAAUCCAGGCACUGAGAAAGGACCUGCUGAACAAAUGCAAUGAAAGUAAUAAGAAAGUCUUCCAAUGGGCUCUGUCUGGUCCAGUCUAAGUGUAUGUGUGAAAUUGAUAUCCAUUUGAUCAUCCCCUGCAUGGUUUGGAUUAUACUGUCUGUGGCAUGUGCUCCAGGUGACGCUCCUACAAGGAACAAAAUGGUAUUGCAGCAACCUAAAUGACUUCUCUGGAGGAAUGAAACCAUAUACUUCUCACAGAUUUAUAAUCGGUCAAAAAUCAUGAAGACUUUCAUUGUCCUAGUGUUGAUUGUUUUAGCCUUAUUUUCAAAAGGGGUUUUGCUGUCUUCAAGUGACCAUAACUUUGUGAGAAAAGAAAUAAAGUUUGAAGGUGACCUUGUUUUAGGUGGUUUAUUCCCUAUAAAUGAAAAGGGCAGUGGAAUGGACGAGUGUGGAAGAAUUAAUGAAGACCGUGGAAUUCAAAGACUUGAAGCCAUGCUUUUUGCUAUUGAUCAAAUAAACAGAGACAGUACCCUUCUACCUGGAAUAAAAUUAGGUGUUCACAUUUUGGAUACCUGUUCAAGGGAUACUUAUGCUUUGGAACAAUCCCUUGAGUUUGUUAGAGCAUCUUUAACUAAAGUGGAUGAAGCGGAGUAUAUGUGUCCAGAUGGGUCGUAUGCCAUCCAGGAAAACAGUCCGUUGCUUAUUGCAGGUGUGAUUGGUGGCUCCUACAGUAGUGUAUCUAUACAGGUUGCUAAUUUGUUACGACUCUUUCAUAUUCCCCAAAUAAGCUAUGCUUCCACCAGUGCCAAACUCAGCGACAAGUCCAGGUACGACUACUUUGCAAGGACAGUGCCACCAGAUUUUUACCAAGCAAAAGCAAUGGCUGAAAUCCUGCGGUACUUUAACUGGACAUAUGUGUCUACUGUUGCAUCCGAAGGAGAUUACGGAGAAACUGGGAUUGAAGCCUUUGAACAAGAGGCAAGACUGAGGAAUAUAUGCAUUGCCACUUCGGAAAAAGUUGGGCGAUCAAACAUUAAAAAGUCCUAUGAUAAUGCUAUAAGAGAGCUGCUUCAAAAGCCAAAUGCGCGGGUUGUGGUGCUUUUCAUGAGAAGUGAUGAUACCAGAGAACUGCUGGCAGCAGCCAAUAGGUUUAAUGCCUCCUUUACAUGGAUUGCCAGUGAUGGAUGGGGUGCUCAAGAAAGCAUAGUUAAGGGCAAUGAACACAUUGCUUAUGGGGCAAUAACAUUAGAACUUGCUUCACAUCCGGUUAAAGAAUUUGACAAGUACUUUAAAAGCCUUAACCCUAGUAUCAACCAUCGCAAUCCCUGGUACAAGGAUUUCUGGCAGCAGAAAUUUCAAUGUAGUCUACACAACAAAGUUCCGCACUUAAAGACCUGUGACAAACGCCUCAAUAUCAACAGUUCCAACUAUGAGCAGGAAUCCAAAAUAAUGUUUGUGAUAAAUGCUGUAUAUGCAAUGGCUCAUGCAUUACAUCAGAUGCAGAGAACAAUGUGUCCAAAUACAACCACUCUGUGUGACGCCAUGAAAGUCCUAGAUGGAAAAAACCUCUACAAGGAUUACUUAUUGAAAGUUAAUUUUACAGCUCCAUUUAUUCCAUCUAGUAACACAGACAGCAUUGUGAAGUUUGAUCAGUACGGUGACGGACUUGGCUUGUACAAUGUAUUCAAUUUCCAGUACAAUAGUGGCAAAUAUUCAUACCUAAAGAUCGGGCAGUGGGCAGAAACCUUGUCUUUGGAAGUGGACUCAAUUCAAUGGUCCAAAAGUCUGGUUCCUACAUCGCAGUGCAGUGACCCAUGUGCUCCAAACGAAAUGAAAAAUAUGCAACCAGGAGAUGUAUGUUGUUGGAUUUGUAUCCCAUGUGAAAAAUAUCAAUAUCUGGCAGAUGAGUUUACCUGCACUGACUGUGGACCAGGGCGCUGGCCUUCACCAGACUUAACAAGCUGUUACGAUUUGCCAGAAGACUACAUCAAGUGGGAAGAUGCAUGGGCCAUUGGACCAGUGAGCAUUGCAUGUCUUGGUUUCUUGUGUACAUGCCUGGUUGGAGGAGUCUUUAUCAAGCAUAACAAUACUCCCUUGGUGAAGGCUUCCGGUCGAGAACUCUGUUAUAUACUCUUAAUUGGAGUUUUUAUGUGUUACUGUAUGACAUUUUUCUUCAUAGCCAAACCUUCUCCAGUCAUUUGUGCUCUUCGCCGUCUGGGACUUGGAACUUCUUUUGUAGUCUGUUAUUCUGCUCUGUUAACUAAGACAAAUCGUAUUGCCAGGAUAUUCAGUGGUGUAAAGGAAGGUGCACAAAGACCUAAAUUCAUAAGUCCUAGAUCUCAAGUUGCCAUAUGCUUAAGUCUUAUUUCCAUUCAGAUCAUAAUUGUAUCUGUGUGGCUCAUGCUGGAAUUUCCUGGAACGAGACGCUUUACACUUCCUGACAAAAGGGAAACUGUUAUACUGAAGUGCAAUGUCAAAGAUUCCAGUAUGUUGAUCUCUCUAACAUAUGACGUUGUGCUUGUGAUAUUAUGCACUGUAUAUGCCUUCAAAACACGGAAGUGUCCAGAAAAUUUCAAUGAAGCCAAGUUUAUUGGAUUUACGAUGUAUACAACCUGCAUCAUCUGGCUGGCUUUCCUGCCUAUCUUUUACGUAACAUCAAGCGACUACAGAGUUCAGACAACAACCAUGUGCAUCUCUGUAAGUCUGAGUGGUUUUGUCGUAUUGGGCUGCUUAUUUGCACCAAAAGUUCAUAUCAUUCUGUUUCAACCACAGAAAAAUGUUGUUACACACAGACUUCAUCUAAACCGAUUCAGUGUCAGCGGCACAGCAACUACAUAUUCCCAGUCUUCGGCAAGUGCACACUAUACACCAACCAUUUGCAAUGGAGGGGAAGUUCUCGAUUCUACAACAUCGUCCUUAUAAUUGUGAUCAGCAUUUCUGUCCUCCAGGUUUCUAGACUGUUAGAUUAUAUGCACUUGUUGUGCAGUUAUGUACUUUUUUUUUCUUCUUUUUUUAAGAAAAAGAAAUAUUUUUAAGGACUGUAAUCAAUGAUGUUCUAGAGAUUUUUAGACUGGUAUUAUGACCACUGUUAUUCACACAUCUAGAGAAAGUGUAGAUAUGGUGCGUUCUCUACACAAUUUACUGUGUCCACUUAAACAGUGAUAAAUUAAUUUAUGGCAUUUGCCAUUUCAGUAUAAAGGUUGCUUACUUUCCUAUGAUGUUUUUGUAACCUAGGUUAUUGUUGUAACCAAUUUUAGAAUGCAUUUCAGUUACAGUAAGUGUAACUGGUUGUUAUUGCACAAACAGCAGCAGUAUUAAUGUAAAGAUGCCAGUAGAAAAACCUUUUCAUUGAGGUUUCCAGCAUGUUUCUUCUUGGUAAUUUUAAUUGGUAUAUGUUGCACUGUUAUAGGAGUUUACAGAGAGAGAAUAAACUGAAUGAAUGUUUGCUUAUAGCUCUGUCCUAUGAAUGGAAAUUGGACACAAAAUACUAACAGUAUUACUGUAGUUAACCAAUCCAUUUACAUUUCAUGAUAACACUGUUAUUCCUGUAGGACCGUUCUGAAAAUGAUCUCAAAAAACAAUGCUCAAUAAUAUCCAUUGUUCUCCCACAAUCAUUGGAACUCUACUGUUCACUGCAACUCUAUGGCAAUCUUCUGUCAAAAACUUCUUCCUAGUCUAUCCAAGGACAAAGUAAUUAGCACCAAUCUUCAUCUCAAUUGAAAAUGCAAUGUUCUAGUCUAAGGCUAUGGGAAGCAAUAUAUGUUGUAAGGAAAUUACAUUAUAUUCAGCAUCAUUGACAAAACCAUGAUGCUUUUUAUAGAGCAACUAGUUUCAAUGAAGACUAGUAAGUGUGAUGAAGGAUAUUAAAGUCAUGUAUGGUAUUGGCCAACUACCUACGAUGGACAGAGACGUUUACUUUUCAAGAAGUUGUACUUCAAUAUUUCAACAGUUAACUUCAUACUGAAAAAUUUCCACAAAAACGUAGUGAACUAAUUUGCCCUAAAUUUAUGAGGAAUUUAUAUUGU